UUGGGUCAUAUUGGGACAUAUGUGACAAGAGUGGGGGUUACAGCCAGGUUUAGAGAGACAACUCACCAUCUCAUUCAGCAGCUUGAGGAUGCUGAUUGUGAGCUCCUUUCCUGCAUGUAAAAAGGAUUCACAUUGACUCGGAUCAAGAAACAAUUGGCACAGCAGAGCUGUCUCGCAUCUGAAGGGACGUUCCUGAGCGAGCAGCCACUCAUGACGUGAACUUCUAAACACACCCAUUGAGAUAAAAAAAUAAAAAAAAUAAAAAAACACUGAGGUGAUUCAUCCGACGAACUCAGAGCAAGCAGCAGCCCACUUCCAAUUGUCAUGGCAACAGCAUGUGAAUGCAUUGGGCCAUAGGUGCAGACUGUAGAGUGGAUGUAGGAGUGCGGCAUCGGAAGCCACAGCUCUAUCUCCUGAAGCAGGCUGUAAGCUGAAUGAAAAGUGAAACCCUGUUCUCUAAAGAGGAGCCAUCUCUGCUCAGCCAAUCAGCCUGUGAUCUGCCUGGUCUCUCAGGAAAGUCUCUGAUGCCAUGGAGCACAAGGCCCUGAUGUAUACCAGUCAACCCUGGAAGGGGCCCAAGGGCUCCACCUUCACCCCCAACUGGGACACCCCAUCAUGCCGACCAACCGUCACAUCCCUUUGCCCUGACGUGGUAAAGUCCCCGUGUCAACAUGCUGCCAACAUAUGUCACCCUUCAGAAGUCCCUGUGACCUCCCAGUCCCAGCAGAUUGGCCCCCACGCUUCAACAUCCUCUGGGUUUUCUGCCACCUCCAACACUGCCAGUAGAAAAGGUGAAAAGGAGUGUAAUAUAGUCAUCCCCAUUCAAAAUGAGGAGACGGCCCUGCCAGCAUACAACCCUGGGUUUCGCGGACGCUCCUUCUCCGCAGCCACUGCCUCACACCCAGUCCCACCCAGACGCAGAUGUGACAGCUACGUCCACCUAUGCCCCGACAACGGCUCAGAGGACACUAGCAGAGGCGACGCCUCCCAGUUGAGCCCAGACGUCUCCCCUGAUCAUGGUGGUCCACGGUCGCGGUCCCGCAGCAUCAUCCUGAGGAAGACAAAGAGGAGGCCGGCGCCGCCAACCCGUAGCGUGUCCCUCAGGAGAGAAUCUGCCACCAAGCUCAGGGACAACAGGACUAAGAGCCUUUAUAUCGACAGGGACCCUGGCCCCCAUGACUCCUUCCUGCCUGACCUCAUCCUCAUCUCCACUCCGAGGACAGAGGAGGUGAUGUGCCUGGAGCAGUCCCCUGCUCAGCCUGUACAGGCCCGGGUUGGGCCACCAGUCAACGACAAUGGGCAGCUAUGUGAAGAAAGGUCUAUUGAGCCCUGCUGUCUCAUGUCAAGCUCAGGUCCUGCUAUGGGUGUACCUGUAAAUGAGGGAAGAAAAGCCUCCAGCAGGUCAGAAUCGGUCAGACCCCUUCCCCCCUUGCAACGCCCGCAGUCUCUAACUUGUAAGCAGUCCCCCUUCCAACAACCUGCCUCAGUCUCUCCCUCCAGUGGCCAGUCCAGCUCUCAGUGUGAGACUCGUUCCCCUCCUGUCCUCACAUCUGCCAUCACGGGACCCUCCCCCUUGGGCUGCAGGAUGCGCCCCAAGUCCUCCACCUCGCCCACCUCCCCCAGAUCCAGCAGGCUGCGGCUAUCCUUGGAGUUGCCAGGGGUCGUCCCUCUCCCAGACCCGGCGGUGAUCAAACCCAAAGCUCCCCGGCGACACUCAGAGUCCUCUGGGUCGUCUGGCACCACCAGACCCAGACAGAGGCUGAGCUCCAGCAUGAUGGUGAUGCCUGUGGUGACCCAGGAGGAUCUCAGCAAUGUGCGUUUGCGUUCCGUCAGCAGCUCAGACUCUGACAAAGGCCUGGAGGGCUCACCUGAAGUCAUCAGGGAGGAGGAGCUGGAACAGGAGCUGGAGUUGGAGAGCUGCCCACUGGUCCACCACAGUCCUAAAGCUAAACCACCUGUUGCUGCUAAGCCACCUGCACACAAAUGGCCACCGAUACAUUUGGUAAAGUCUUCCUCAGUCUCUACUCAUUUCUCAGAGACCGUUCCAGCCUCACCAAGAGAGAGCCAGGGGGACAUGUAUAUGGUGGAAAGGAGACCAAAACCUAAAAGGUCGCACCAGCUUCCUCGUGUUGCCAGUGAUGGGGUUAUGGUUGAGAGGCAGCAAGCUGUAGACAGGCAACAAUAUGAUGACCCACACCCACCACCCGCCUCCUGCCAUUCAGAGAACAAGGAUGUGAGAAGGACCUCUCCCACCAGGACCUCAUUUCUCCUAGCUGAACUGGAUAGGAAGAAGAAGAUGGUUCCCCCUCCAGUCGCAAAGAAACCGGAUGUCCUCUUCAUGUCCUCCAUCAGCUCACUGGGACAGAAGAGUAAUAGGAGCCAUGUCUGGUCUGGGCCCAGUGGUGCUUACCAGUCUCCUGCCAGUGCAUACCAGUCUCCUGCCAGUGAUUACCAGUCUCCUGCCAGUGAUUACCAGUCUCCUGCCAGUGCAUACCAGUCUCCUGCCAGUGCAUACCAGUCUCCUGCCACUGCAUACCAGUCUCCUGCCAGUGAUUACCAGUCUCCUGCCACUGCAUACCAGUCUCCUGCCAGUGAUUACCAGUCUCCUGCCACUGCAUACCAGUCUCCUGCCACUGCAUACCAGUCUCCUGCCACUGCAUACAAGUCUCCUGCCACUGCAUACCAGUCUCCUGCCAGUGCAUACCAGUCUCCUGCCAGUGCAUAUCCGUCUCCUGCCAGUGCAUACCAGUCUCCUGCCAGUGCAUACCAGUCUCCUGCCACUGCAUACCAGUCUCCUGCCAGUGCAUACCAGUCUCCUACCACUGCAUACCAGUCUCCUGCCAGUGCAUACCAGUCUCCUGCCAGUGCAUACCAGUCUCCUGCCAGUGCAUACCAGUCUCCUGCCAGUGCAUACCGAGACAAAGACUUUACUGGACAAGAUCUCAACCAUCACAGUAUAAGAGAUGGGUUCGUCCUAGAUGAGAACUGUGAAGAGAGGAGGGCAAUGCCUCAGAUGAGAACACUGUGCCUCGGGGAGGAAGAGGAGGAAGAGUUGGAGCGCAACUCACAGUCAACUACUGAGGACCUAUUCACCAUCAUACACAGGUCCAAGAAGAAACUCCUGGGUCGCAAAGAAACAGCUGACAGCAGGCAAGGUUACGGAUCCCCCAUUAAAGGCAUCCAGGGGGUUGGCCAGAAGUCCAGCUCCAAAAAUGACAACUUCAUGGCUUUUCUGCAGAGGCGGAGGAGCAAUAAACCCAACUCUGGGGAGAGACUGUCAGCCGCUGAACUGCUGAAGAGUACCAAACCACUGGUCGGUCAGCCAUAGAGCAUCAAACAACUCCAAUGUUUAUGUUUCUCAAUGUGUUGCAAACACUUAUCACUCAAUAUGGGGCAUGAGGGUAUUGUGGACAAUCAGGG